AUGACUGACACCGCCACCGCCCAACGGCCACCGGCACGACCGACCAAGCGGUCGUCGCCAUCCCGGUCGCAGGCCCGACACCACCUUGAGCCCAACCCCUUCGAAAAGUCGUUCAGCUCCGGGCCCUCUGACACGCCCGAGCGUCGGCCUGAUUCCAAGGCUGACGCCAACAAGAUCUCGAGCACCAGCACGCCGCCGCUCAGCACGCGGCCGGGCGCCGCCUACCGCGAUCGCAACCCGUCGACGCCCAAGACGCAGACGUCGCCCAGCGGUGGCGGCCAGGACUCGACCUCGACACCCAAGCCGCUGCUCCCGCCGGUGGCGUCCAUCACAUCGCCAGCGAGUGAGGCCAACCAGUAUCCCUGGGCCGCCGGCCUCACCAGCUCCCUACGUUCUGGCCCGCUGAGCCCGGCGAUGCUGGCCGGCCCGCAGAGCUCGCACUUUGAUCCCAGCACGUUCCGCACCGGUUUCACGCCCGACCUCUCCAACUUCAAGACUGGCCUGACGCCUCUUGGCGGCGGACUCUCGUUCCCGCCGCCUUCGCCCAACACGGCCGCCUUUCUGGCGGCUAUGGUCAACAGCACCUCGUCGACGUCCGCAGCCACCAUCACGCCCAACACGCUCUCGGCGCUCAGCGGCAACCCGGUCAACCCGCUCGACGCGUCGACGGGGGCCAACGGGCUAUCCUCGCAGCCGCAAAACUUUGGCGGCAAGCCGAUCGACUCGCACGACCAGUUUGACCUCGCCUUCAGCCGCACCUUUGGCGCCGACGGCAGCAAGGCGGCCCAGCCCGGCUCGAAGCUCAAGGCCUCGAUCGAAAACAACGACACCGACUCGAGCAUCUCGCAGAGCGUCAGCCCGCAGAUGAUGCAAAAGCCGCUCGGUCCGCUGGACGCGUCCGCCCAGCAGCAGCAGCAGCAGCAGGCGACGCAGGCGGCCUCGGGCCUCUUCCUGCUGAGCCAGGCACAGCAGGAAAUCUCGAAGCGCGAGGGCAGCCUGGGGGGCCCCAACGGAGCCGCUUUUGCCGCGGCAAACGCGCCGACGUCGCUGUACGAGUCGACCAACACCAACAAGGGUGCCAAGGGCGGCAACCCCAAGGGCGCCAAGGGGGGAGCGGCGGCGGGUGGCAACAAACGGAAGAAGGGCGCUGCCGCCAGCGCAAAUGGCGACGACGCCCAGUCGGCCGCCGGCGGCGCCUCGAACGGCAAAAAGGCCAAGACGGGCGCCAAGAAGGCUGCGAGUGAGACGUCGGAGCAGGCCGGCGGCGCGCCUUCGGGCAAGCGCAACAGCCUCAGCGGCGACGACCACUUUGACGACGGCAGCGGCGACGAGAGCGGCGGCGAGAACAAUAACAACGAGGGCGGCAAGAACGGCGGCAACAUGGACGACAAGCGCAAGAACUUCCUCGAGCGCAACCGCCAGGCGGCGCUCAAGUGCCGGCAGCGCAAAAAGGCGUGGCUGGCGUCGCUCCAGGCCAAGGUCGAGUACCUGCAAAACGACAACGAGAACCUGCAGAACACGGUGGGGGCGCUGCGCAACGAAAUCAUGUUCCUCAAGAGCCAGCUGGUCCAGGCGAAUGGCGGCGCGCCGCCGGGCGUGCCGAUGAGCAUGCCCAUGGGCAUGGGCCCCAUGGGGCCGCACCCGCACCCGGACCCGCACCACUCGAUGGGCCAGCCGGGCAUGCCGAUUCCCGCCGGCAUGGGCCCGCCGCACCCGGCCUACAUGCAUCCCGCCACAUCCGGCCCACCGCACAUGACCCAGGCGCCGCACCAGGCCGGUAUGUACUCGGCGCACGCGGUGCCGCGGCCUGCCAACAUGCCACCCCACAACCCCAACCAGCCGGGCUACCCGCACGACAUGCGUGGCCGCCCACGCAGCGAGGGCGACAUCAAGCGCGACGGCAGCACCGAUGCCAGCGGGUCCGAGGGGCCCCAGCUCACGGACCAGCCCAUGGGCCCGGGCCCGAUUAAGCACGAGCGCGAGUGGAGCAACCCGGCGGCGGCGGCGGCCGCUGCUGCCGACACGUCCAAGAAUCGUGAAGUCAGCGCCGCCACCAUCAAGGUGUGA